AUGAGAUCCACCGAGAAAAGUGCCGACUGUCCCUUCUGCGCCACUCAUUUCAGCCAUCGAUCCUCGCUUAUCCGCCAUCUAAAGAACAACUGUAAUAAAUCUCAGCCGCAUACACUGAGACGCAAAUCCUGCCACCAGUGUGCCGCGGAUAAAGCCAGAUGCAACUUAAAGCGUCCGAGUUGUUCUCGGUGUUCUCUGCGAACCGUAUCUUGUCAAUAUACUAGCGUGGAUGCAACCGAAACAGCAGAAGUUGAGAAUACUGAGCUCACAAUUGACAUUGACACCACAAGUGCUCCUUUACCAGACAACUCAUUGAUGGCCCAGCCACAAGAGCUGCAAUCAGUCUUCGAUCCUAAUUUAUUUGAUUCAUUUUUCUCGGGUCUAGGUCCGUGGGAUCUAAUACAGCCUGCGAGUCUUGCUUUACGUUCCCCACAGGCAGCUAGCCCAGAUCUCUUUUCUUUGAACACCAGCAGUGGAUGCGACACGCCAAAGCUUAUCCGAGCCAUCAAUCCUCCGGCUCCUCAGUCGAGCUCAUCGGUGGAUACAAAUUCGAUUGCUCUGGCAAAUCAUAGCAUGGAACUUAUCUUCCGAGUUCUUCGAACUUGGCCGAAAAUGCUCGCCGAAGAGUUCCAAAUUCCUCCUUUGUUCCACUUAACUCAUAUUGCACCAAAUAAAACACUACCAUCACCACUAGCGAACUGCAUAACCUUGACCAAAAUGUGGCAUGGGCAAUGCGAAGGUGCGGAAGAUUUGGUGCGGAAAACAAUUCUCAAAGAACUAGACAGCAUCGUAGAUAAGUCUGAGCGACUUGAGGAGACAACCCUGCUGGCGGCUCUGCAAGCAGUGGUCAUAUACACCAUCAUUUUGAUCUCUCCAACCGUGAAGUCACCGCACCCUCUGAUUGAUCACACCAUCAUCUUUCGCAAAGUGGAGCUCUUGGUCUAUCACGUUGUCCACGCUGGUCUGUUCCUGCAGGAAGAAAGAACACAAAUGAGACCAUCUUGGGAGGCCUGGGUGUACGUAACGUCCAAGCGCCGAGCGGUACUUGCUUUAUAUCUCCUCCAUUGGGCAUACUCGGUGUUGCAUAAAGUGCCAUGCUUUGACUGCAGAGAUCUGGGAUUCAUGCCUGCGCCAGCAGCAAAGGUGCUUUGGCAGGCGCACACGGAAGAAGAAUGGAACACUCUAUAUAUUCAUUGGCUGUCGCGCUGGAGUGGGCGGGGGUACCUGCAAGCCGAAUUCGGGAAAAUCAAACCAGGCGUCGUUAUGGAUCCACGGGCGGAAAAGUGGUUAGAAGAAGCUGAUGAGUUUGGGUUUGUCAUGAUAUCGAUUGUAAACGCUACUGAGUUUGACCCUCCAUCGUUGAAACCAUUGGCUUGUUGA